UUUUCCUGUUGUCGGUGAUAUAAGUAACCUCUAUCAGGGCUCCUUACUGUACUGUGUAAAGCUGCUGAAGCAAAUGUCUGAAUGGUUUAGUCUUAGACGGCUUUUUGUCUUAGUAGGUUUGCAAUAAGCCAUCUGAGGGAUUAUCUCUGUCUGUCCUGAAAUUAGAGUCCAAGUCUGAAUUUCUUGACUUAAAGUGAAACAAGCCCUGCCUCCACUGGAGCCGGACUUUAUUUGCAGCGUCCCCCGCAAAGCGCUGUCGUCGUUAUGGAGAUGUUCUCUGUUUACGGAAAUAGUGAUACUACUCUACAACUUUGUUAAAAAUUAAUGCAGUUUGUAGGUUGAGUUUGCUUCUUGAGAUAAAACGACGGCUUUGCCCUGUGCUCUUCUUUAAAAGAAUUAAUUUGAAUUAACGGAAGAGUAAAAGCCCAGUAUGCAUUCACUGUGGGACCGGCCUCCUCUGGGAAAUAUCGAUCUCUAACACAGGCCAUAAGACAGACCAGUAGAAGCAGGGUUCUGUUUCAUAAGCGCAUUAAUCAACAGUGCUCUGAACCUAUGCCUACGACAACAGUUUCACUCAAGCAGUAAUACCAUAUGGUGGGCAGCAUACCAGCUGCCCACCAACCUACAGCUGCUUGUCUGCGCCUGCUAUAUUUAACAUAUUUGCUGCGAUACAGAAAUGCGUGACACGGCUGCACCGUGUGGCUUCAUCCUGUCCGAGUGUUGAAUUUCAGCCUCAGUGCCCCUUGCUCUGCUCGCCGCCACAACGGUGCCAUGUGGUAGUGGCGACACAGGGACUUGCCAUUGGCUGACACAUGCAGUUAAUCACAGGAAGAGCGAUAACAGCACAUGGCUUCCUGUAACAUGGAAUUAUUUCUCUGGAGAAUUUUAUUUUUUGUCACCGAGUGAUGGAGAGACUAAAGCGAUGUUUGCACAAGUCCCAUUGUAACUGGACCGCAGUUAAAGAGAAUGGGAGUGAAAAGGAAACGAGGGGACUGACUCUUGCGUGUACACUGUCUGAGUGUCUCCAAGCCGUGGGUCUACAGCAUCUCUAUGCCAGCUUCACCUCCUUGGGAGUGUGUCGUGCAGCGCACCUGUCGGCGCUGACCAUGCAGGACUACCCCUUACUUGGAAUUCACACUAUGGAGGACAGGACCCGUCUCUUCCACCUGGUCCAGAUGGUUAAAACUGACUUGAACAGUCUUAUGUGUGAAGAUGAAGAUGAUGAUGAUGACGAAGGCUGUGCUGUAGUUUCUAGGGGUUAUUCUUAUGGUAGUGAUCCUGAUAAAGAGGUAUGUGUUGAACAUGAUGAAGACGAGGAUGACAGCACUGCUGAUGGAGCUAAUAUUACUACAGCUGGUUUUGCCAGGUCACCACAUGUGCACAGACGACUUGAUUUCAGCUGUGAAUCCACUGACCUUCAUCAGAGGCUUCUAACUAGUCCCAAAGGCCCUGUUCAUAAAUAUUCAAGUCAAAACAGAGAAAAAAUGUCCCAUUUAUCUCACACUGGCCCCUCAUUAAUGUGCGACUCAUUGCACAAACAAACACACAGGCCUGCAACGGCCACAACAAAGAGGUUCAACAACAAACCAGCUGCAGCCAAACAUGGGAGCGUCAUCCCGAAGCCAUCGCCUGUUUAUGAAUCAGCGAGAACAGCCGGCGACAUCCAUGGACCAGCUCAGAGUCCAAGUUCAGUGGUCAAGAGGCGAGCGGGGGAGCAGCGCAUUACGGUGUGUGUCAGGAAAAGACCCCUGAUGCAUGUGGAGCGCAGGAGAGGAGAGGCAGAAGUCGUGACAGCCCCAGGUGGGGGUUGCGUGAUCGUCCAUGAAAGCAAAGAAGCUGUGGAUCUCACACAUUAUAUACUACAGCACAGGUUCUACUUUGACCAGGUUUUCGGGGAAGAGAGCUCCAAUGAGGACGUAUAUGAAAGCACAGCGUAUCCUCUGGUGCGGCACUUGCUCAGUGGAGGCAAGGCCACCUGCUUUGCAUACGGCCAGACAGGUGCAGGGAAGACACACACCAUGUUGGGUUCGUCCCCCACGAGUCCCGGCUUAUAUGCACUUGCUGUCCGUGACAUCUUUGCACACCUGUCUGCUUCACACACACGGUCGCCCCGACUGGUGUAUGUCAGCUUCUUUGAGAUCUACUGCGGUCAGCUGUACGACCUAUUGGACCACAGGAAAAGGUUAUUUGCCAGGGAAGAUGGGCAGAAGGUGGUUCACAUUGCAGGGCUGCGUGAGGUCCGAGUGGAAUCCGUCAGCUCACUGCUGGAGGUGAUUUCGCAGGGUCUGGGGGAGCGCACGCAGGGGACGAGUGGAGCCAACCCACUGUCUUCGCGUUCCCAUGCUCUGCUUCAGAUCCAGCUCAAAUGUGAGAACCAGCAGACCGCCGGCAGGAUGUGGUUUGUGGACCUGGCAGGAAGCGAGAGAGCUUCAGACGCCAAAGAGCCGGACAGGCAGAGUCGCAUGGAGGGAGCCGAGAUCAACCAGAGCCUGCUGGCUCUGAAAGAAUGUAUCCGGUCUCUUGAUCAAGAGCAGUCGCACACGCCUUUCAGACAAAGCAAACUUACUCAGGUAUUGAAAGACUCGUUUGUCGGUAACUCAAUGACAUGCAUGAUCGCCAACAUCUCACCCGGUCACUUAGCAACCGAACAUACACUCAAUACCUUGAGAUAUGCUGAUCGGGUGAAGGAGUUGAGGAGACAAGGAGAAGUGAGAGAAGGGAGAAGAGGCAAGACAGUGCCCUCCCCCAAACACAACUCAUCCAACAGCAGCAGCAGCACUCGAGGGAAAAGCCCCCCUAAAAAAGCUAAAUUAUGGCAAAAAGAGUCUCCUGCUCCCCCCUCACGUACCUCGAGUUUGCUCAUUAGCGAAGCAGCUCUCUGCUCCACGCCCAAGGCCAGCAGAUGGGGGGAGGAAACCAGUCCACGGGGACGUGAAGGGACUGGACUUGAGCGUGUUACACCAGUUCGAGGCUGGGUGGGAACGGCUGAUAAGCAGAGGGUUAAACCAGCAGGUAAACGAGAGGUUAGGGAAAUAGAAAGGGAGCAAACAAAGCGCCACACAGAACGGGUGCUGGGACAACCAUGUCACAAGGCUCAUUUAUCAUCUGCUCAAAGGGAAUUUGAGGGAAUUUCUCGCAGAGAAACUUUGAAAAUGGGAAGAGAUGAGCAGGUGGACCGCAGCAGCACGAGCACGUGCCGGGCGGCAGAAAUGCAAAAUGAAAGGGCGUUGAAAAACACUGACAAAAAAGACAAGGAGAAGCAGAAACAUCUGAGAUGGUAUCAUCAGCAGCUUCAGCAGUUCAUCCCCUCAACUGCUCCUUCGUCUUCUCCAUCCCUCUCGUCCUCUAAUCAAGCGCCUCUCUCUUUGGGCCCUUUACUCCAACAGCCUUCUCGCCUGUCACCGUCCGCCCCCGUGUCUCAUGGUUUGGAAGAGGCUUUAGAUGAGCACAGCAACCACCCAGAAACCUCUUUAAACCGUACCAACAAUAAUGAGGGUCCUCAGGGUGGGUUUGAUAGCGCUGAUACAGAUUGGAGACAGCUGUGGGCACAAACGAAGGCAAACUACAGGCGCAUGGGUGAGAGGCAGAGGAGCAGGUCAGUGAAGGCAACGAGUGAAGCUACGGCAAAGCCGGAGAAUAGGAGGACAUCUGGGGUGGGAGGGGGGGAGAGGAGGUGGGCUUGGGUGGCGACAACAGGGACCCGGCAUGCAGAUAGGAGAACAGGUGCAGCGGUGAAUACUGCUGAGGCACAGGCCUCUUACAGCUGGGAUUCAGAAGACAGAAGGGACGCUGACAUAGAAGACGCCUUUGCUUUAGAGUCGCCCCAUCAGCGAGCUCCGGCGGAAAGGCCCUUCUCCCCAGGCCUGGACGCUGGACGCGCGUCCAACGUCGGCCGCAGGGACAGGGAACGAGGGCUCGCUGCUCACAGCAGGAGGCCUCUUAGCAAACUGUAUGAAGAUGCAGCAGAAGUCCCACUGCAAACUGUUCUAGCUCAAGAUGAGACCUGUGCAGGUCCUCUGAGCUGCACCAUGGACCCCCUUAGCAUCUCCGUGCUUCAGGGGGAGCAGCGGGUUGCAACAGCCUCGUUUCUUCCAGGGGACCAGAACAGCGCCUCAGUGAGUCUGCAUAAAAGUGACAGAGGUGAAUAUAACGCGAGGAAGGUGGAAGUGGGGCAUCUAAUAGGCUCAGACAUAGAUAUAUUGCGGAACGUAGAAAAUGAGGGGCCUCACAAGGAGCUGCCACAGUCGCAGAUCCAGUGGCCUCUCACCUCUAACAUGAUGAAAACCAUCUAUUACAAUGAGCGAAGACAAGACAUGAGCUGUGGAAUAGGAACGCCUGAGGCCCUGCUGGUCUCUCACCAGGACCCAGGGGACGCUCAGCAGAAACCCCCAAACCAAGUUACUGAAGUCCCAGCACCCCCACUCAGUCGCUUCACAUAUGCUUCUAUGCCAGCGCCUGUCAAACCCAUCGAACCCUCUGUUCAGUGCGUUUGUCACGUUGAUUCAUCCAAAUCGCACAACUUAACCCACGACAGCAAACCUCCCUCAUUCCUUUCAACACAAGCGUCACAAAGUGUUUUGGGCCAAUUGAACAAUGCACUGAAGAUGAAUGGCCCCACAGGGUCAAAUGGUCAAGUUCCACCCAUGAUGCAUGUCACUACCCUGGAAAACAUGAAUCAUUCCCAGUGGUGUGUUGUCCGGGCUCACUGGGAGCAGCUAGAGGAGAUGGAGGCUUUGUGUCAGACAGAGGGGGUGCUUCUGUGCCAGCAACCUGACAUGGAAUUUAGGGAAUAUAUCUGCAAGCUGGUGAAGAUCAUGGAGAGAAAGGCUCAGUGUGUCCACAGCAUGAGGGCUCAGCUGCAGUCAUAUCUGACCCCCAAUCACUCCAGCCAGUAACAUGAUCAAGUUGAACAUAGCAGUAAUUUAGUUUAUUAAAAUUAAUUAUUUAUUAAAGAGAAAAAUAGACCUCUUAUACAAAGAAACAUGACUACGACUGAAUAAUUUGAGUAUUUACUCUUGCCAUGUCAUUAUGUGAAUACUAUGUGAUACUUGACAAUUUUUCAAACAUUAGGGCUUACUUAGGUAACUUAGGUGUGUGUGUUUGUGUGUGUGCGUGCGUGCGGACCAAUUUGUUUCUUGUUUUCAGGUGUGGGAUUGACUUUUGAAUCAUUAUUUUUCUGUUGUGCCUAAAUGGAAAUGUUCUGCUCUGUGUGGAAACAUGAACGACCAGAGGAAUUAAAGUUAUUAGCUUAA